AUGAACGGCACUCCCCGACUUCGUUCCGCCUUCCCUCAAACUCCGCAGACGCAGCACGGCGACAGACGGAGACGCAAUGCUUCCUCUCCGCCCAUCACGAAGCCUCAGAAUGUGAGCGUACAGUCCGCUCGAAACAACGGCGCCACGGGCCCGCUCAUUCCCACCGAAGUCGUCGAUGCGCCUUCACAACGCCUGUACGUCGCUGCCGUCUAUUUUGCGCUUGGGGCAUGGCGGAUAUAUGACUCUGUUGGGGCGUUGAACGAAUUGGAUUCAACAUGGAUGUUCCUCAAAUGGAACUUCAUCGAUGGCGUCUUUCUUUUCGGCAUUCAAGCGCUCAGAGUGCCCUGGUUAGAAUGGACGUUCCCAACCUUUCUCGCUAUCUUCCUGCUUCAUGCAGCCGCCAAUGUGUUUUUGAUGUUCCGCAUACCACUGCCUUUUGGGGCAUGGGGUUCUAUUUUGUUCAAGGCCCUGUACGAUCGAGAAUUGUCCAUAUCGGAGCGCAGCGUCAAACCUGGCGACAUUAUACACAAUGCCUCAUUGAUACUGGGCAAACAGAUUAUUCAUAUCCUCCCUGAGGGUUCCGCCACCUUAAACCCCGACGGGAUACCACUGUGUCUCGGCUCUCAACAGUCCUCUGUUUCUCUUCCAAUACGCGUUAACCAAUCCUCGCCGAUGCUCGUCGAACUCCUACGUUUUGACUUAUCAAGUGGACAAAAUGAAACCAUCAACAUACCGAGCAAACAACUCAAACAGAUGAAAAAACAAGCAGGGGAUCAACUUUCCGACGAGCAUAUCGAUCUUCGCUUCCCUGUGAAGAAAACGGGAGUUUAUCGGCUGGCACGGGUCCUGGACGAGUCCAAUCUUGAUGUGCAAAUAAAGGCAUCCGACACGCUGGUUGCGGUUUGUCCAAGAGCAGUGCCGAAAGCCACAAACGUGGACAAAUGCAAAGGAGAUCUGUCGGAUAUAACUCUGGAGGUGGAAGGGGUACCGCCGCUCAAGGUCAAAUACAGUCGUAAGAUCAAUGGAUUUGAUGGCGGGUUUUCGUUCCAAAACGUGCAACCUGAAGGCUCCCUCGUUCAGGCAGUUGGUCGGAAACAGUCCGGAGUUCUCAUCGAUCCCAAAUUUCCUGGUCCUCCGGCCUGGGCCCAAAACCAGAUUCUACGCAUAUCGCUAAAUGAGACCUUGGACACUGGUGGCGAUUGGUCCUACACUAUUGAGGAAGUCCACGAUGCGCACGGAAAUGUUGCCAACUAUUCGGCCCAGCUGGAUGAAGCGGAUCGUGCUCCAUCAAAGAACACGCUGCAAUGGCAUCAGCUCUCGAUUCAUGAGCGACCAAGACUCUCACUGGUCGGCUGCAAUGCCCAGAAGUUCCUCCAGACUGCGAAAGGAGAAACCACCGAGUUCCCAUUGCACUUCCACUCUACCGGCAGAGACUAUAGCGGCGAUUCACCUUUUCAAAUAACCUACUCGUAUUUAAACCCUGCAGAGUCAAAUGAAGUUUCCAAAAUUAGCCAAAUAUCCUUGAAAUCAUUGGAAAACCGACCAAAGAUCAAGGAACCUGGUUGGUAUACUCUUGAAUCUGCUUCAAGUCGAUUCUGCCGAGGAGAAAUCUUGGAGCCAUCCUCCUGUCUGCUGCACAACCCUCCAGAGCCGGAACUUUCUCUGCGCCACGAGAAGCUCUUUGACAAGUGCGCUAACAAUUCCGUUGGUCUACUGGUUGAUUUGGACAUGAUUGGAUCGCCCCCAUUUCGUCUGCGGUAUGUCAUCGAGAGUGACAAGGGCACCGAAACAUUUUCGGAGGUCAUUAAUGGGCUACGAGGACAGCUUGACUUCACACCUACCGAGGCGGGUCGAUAUCGCUAUCGCUUUCUGGACAUUGCAGACGGUAUUUACGGCCCGAGACCAUUGAAAGAUAAAGUGCCUGUUCUGGAACAAGAUGUCAAGCCUCAAGCAUCAGCACACUUUUUGGGUAUGCACCAACAACAGCAAAGAGCAUGUUUUGGCGAGUCGGCCACUGUUGGCGUCUCCUUCAUAGGCGAGGCUCCUUGGGUUCUUCAAUAUGAAGUCGUCCACAAUGGCAAGAAGACCAAACACGAGUUAAAAAGUCCCGACUCUGUGGCAACGAUUGUAACAGAACCAUUAGUUAGUGGUGGAGAGCAUAUUAUUUCAUUGACAGGCGUGACAGACCGCUUGAACUGCAAGCGUACUCUCAAAGACAGUACGGUCGUUCAAGUGCGUCCCAAGAAGCCACAAGCUGCCUUUGGUUUUAUUGAAGAGAAAAGGAGUGCGCAGGCACUGGAAGAUGCCGUGGUGUUAUUGCCGCUUCGACUGAGCGGACAAGCUCCCUGGCUCGUUAAAUAUCGCAACUUGGAUGCAAACCCUUCUCGCUUGAUUGAAAAGAAAAUCUGGGACGAAAACGGAGCCAUAUCUACUUCUCAGAAUGGGCGCUAUGAGCUCGUUGAAGUCUUUGAUGCUACUUGUCCGGGUAGUAUCGACGAAUCUGCAAGCAUUUUUGAAAUCAACUGGCUUCCUCGACCCGCCGUAUCUGUUCCAGGACGGACAGGUGUCGGCAACAACGUGUUCAAGCGCAGUGUAUGCCAAGGAGAUGAUGACAUCCUCGAGCUUAGAAUGGAAGGCAAGCCUCCAUUCAAUGUCAAAUACGAGCAUCAUCAUCGAGCCGGCGACUAUGGAACCGCUCAAGUCAAGUCGCGUAGCUUGAAAAGCACUUCACACGUGGCAUCAUUGGAACUCGAUACUUCAAAGCCUGGUAACAACGUUUACAGAUUUACGGGCGUCUCAGACGCGCUUUAUGAUGCCGACCCGAAAUCACAACACUCGGUCAGUAUCUCGCAGACAGUCAGUGGGCUACCAUCUGCUCGUUUCGAUUCGCCGGGUCAUAUCUAUGCGUUCUGCAAGGAAGACAGUGACGGGGACGAGUUGAUACCCAUCUUGCUCGAAGGCCAACCUCCAUUCUACCUUGAUAUAUCCAUCAAACAUCAUUCGAGCUCGAAGCCAGAGUUGGUACCUAUUGGUCCUAUUCAUAGCCACAAGCAUAAACUUCCAAUUCCCCGUCGACAUCUGGAACUAGGGCAGCACGUUGUUAGCAUCCACCGAGUUGUAGACUCUCUUGGAUGCCAGCGCACGUUCGAAAAGGACUUGACAUCUGUGCGUGUGGCGGUGUCCGAUGUUCCAACCAUCAUUCCUCUCGAGUCUCAAACAGAUUACUGUGUUGGAGAGCGGCUAUCAUUCUCACUUUCUGGCCAUUCACCAUUCGAGGUCUUCUAUGACUUUGAAGGCGUGCAAAGAAGGGCCGUCUCGCACACAAAUUCUUUCCGACGUAUCGCCGAAAAACCCGGCCAAUUCACCAUCACAGCCGUCAGUGACGGUGCCAGUGGCCGCUGCCAGGCCCACAAAAACAUCACCAAGAUCAUCCAUGAGAUGCCAAGUGUGAGAAUCAGCAGAGGACGGGAGAGCAUUGUUGAUAUCCAUGAAGGCGGAGAGGCGGAGAUCAAUUUCGAGUUUGGAGGGACUCCGCCAUUUGAAUUCACAUAUACACGAAGCUCGAAUCCUAGGAAAGGCAGACCGGCCGAAAUUCUCGACAUCAAACAUGAUAUCUCUUAUGAGUACAAAAAGACGAUAAAGACGUCCGACGAAGGCACUUACGAGGUGGUUGCAAUCAAGGACAAAUAUUGCUCGUUUUCGACGCAGAAAUCGUCCGGAAAGCUGGCAAAGCAGGCGAAAGGUCAAAUCAAAAAUUGA